UGACCCCUCGAUAUUUGAUAGAGAUACUUUCCUCUGUGAUGCUCAUAUCACGUCGUUUUUUAAUCACUAAAAAUAAUCUAUUUACUUAUAUCGCUCGAUAUUCGUCUUCCACACCAUUUAAUACUGGCAUACUUUUUGUACCGCAUCAGCAUGCAUGGAUCGUGGAGCGAUUUGGGAAGUUUAAUCGAGUACUUGAACCGGGUUUAAAUUUUUGUGUUCCCAUAAUUGACCGAAUUUCAUACGUACAAGUCCUCAAAGAGCUCGCGAUCGAUAUUCCAGAUCAAUCUGCCAUUACUGCUGAUAACGUUGUGCUUCAGCUUAAUGGCAUUUUGUUCCUGCGAGUCAAAGAUCCUUAUCUUGCCUCGUACGGAGUUGAGGACGCUGAAUUCGCAAUCACGCAAGUAAAUACCAUGGUUUUUUUGUCAAGCCUCUUUUACUCAGGCAAAAUCUCACUUAUAUCUUAG